CGAUCUGGAAACAGUGAGACUCGCAAGUACUUCGUAAGAAUGUCCUCGUUCACCGAAACGGGGUUGGUGAAGAAACUGUUCGAUCUCAACCAAAGCCAGCAAAGCAUACAAACCCUCUCGUUGUGGCUGAUUCAUCACCGAAAGCAUCACUCAAUAAUCGUUAAAACAUGGUUGAAAGAGCUCCAGCGAGCACCUUCAGCGAAGAAGCUUACCUUCAUGUACCUGGCGAACGAUGUGAUACAGAACAGCAAGAAGAAGGGACCCGAGUUUGGGCGCGAGUUUGAGCACGUGCUGGUGAAAGCGUUCAAAAACGUGGCACAAUCGUCACCGGAACCGAAAACAAACAACAGCCUCAACAGGAUUCUCGGCAUCUGGGGCGACCGGGCCGUGUACGAGGAACCGAAGAUUAAGGAAUUUUCAACCGCACUGAACGGUACCGAAACCAUCCCGCGGGUGGAAGUGAAUGGGAGUGAGAAAAAGCGGAAAGGCGAAAGCAAUACGAGUGAGGGUGAACCGGCGAAAAAGGCCCGGCCAGCUACAGCGGCGAGCACGGAAAAGAAAGCAGCAAAGAGUGAAGUGGUAGAGGUCAAUGGCAAGGUGGAAACGCACAUUACACUCAGUCCGCAUCAGCCUGACGGAGAUCCUCCGGAGCCGGAGGAUUUGAUUAAGGUGAUACUAGAGCUGGAAAACUCCGCUUCGAGUGAUGCGGUGGUGAGGGAAAGAAUAGCUAGCCUUAAGCCGGAAGUGUCCGAGCUAGCUGCACUAGAUAAGUUGGAAGACAAAGAGGCAGCUAUAAAACUGGCCGCAGAUGUAAACGAUGCCAUAAAGAUUCUAAACGAUUACAACGCACGGCUGGCAGUGGAAAUGGAUGAUCGUAAAAAACUGACAACGAUGCUGAGGGAUUUUUUGCGUGAGCAACAGGAGCUUCAGCAACAAGUGGAAAACCGGCUAGAGGAAUAUCAGAAUAAAUUAUCCAAAAUUAAAGAAGUACAAAAGGAGGUUCGAAACCAUAUGAACAAUCUACCCGACCUGACCUCCCUACCGGAUGUGACCGGCGGUUUAGCACCGCUACCAUCGGCCGGCGAUCUGUUCAACGCACACCAUCACUAGAACAGCGAGUAUUCGAUGAUCGGACAUUUUCACA